UUAGCUUUCUAAUAGUUACAACCAAACAAUUCAUUGGAAAUGUUUCUCUAGAAUUACUAUCAUUGAGAAAAAUAUCAUAUUCCUCUAGCUACCAAAUUACUACAAAAUAAUAAUGGAUGUGUUUGGCAUUGAAGAAAUCAUUUUGGCUGUUAUUCUUUUCAUUGCAAUUCAUUAUUGGAGACUCAAUAGAAACACACCCAUGACAAUAUGGCCUAUCAUGGGAAUGCUACCUAGUUUCAUACACAACGUAUCCAACUUCUAUGAUUAUAUUAACUCACUUUUGCAACAAAAUGGAGGAACUAUCGUUUUUGAAGGACCAUGGUUAACAAACAUGAAGAUGGUUUUCACAAGUGAUUGCAUGAAUGUGCAACAUAUUACAAGCACGAAAUUUGAAAACUACGGAAAAGGAAAAGAUUUCGAAGAGAUUUUUGAAGUCCUUGGAGAUGGAAUUUUCAGGUCUGAUUUCCACAUGUGGAAGUACAAUAGAACACUACUUCAUUCAAUUUUCAAGCAAGAAAAUUUUCAGGUAUUUCUUCACAAAACCAUUGAAAAAAAAAUAUUUAGUUCUCUUCUUGUGUUUCUUGAUCAUGCUUGUAAAAAAGGGUUGCAAGUGGAUUUGCAAGAUAUUUUCCAAAGGUUAACCUUUGACAACAUAUGUUCUAUAGUUUUAGGAUUCGAUCCAAUUUGUCUUUCUAUUGAUCUUCCUCAAAUUGCAUGUGAGAAAGCCUUUACUCAAGCAGAAAACACAUUGUUCUAUAGACAUGUAACACCUAAAUUCUUAUGGAAGUUGCAAAAAUGGCUUCAAAUUGGUGAAGAGAAAAAGUUUUCAAAAAAUGUGAAAAUUGUUGAUAAAAUGGUGUAUUCAAAAAUAAAAUCCAAAAAAGAUCAAAUGCAAGGAGAACAACAAUUUGAUUUGCUAAGUAUCCUUUUGAAACAAAGUAUAGGAGAUGGAAAAAAUCCAAUAGAUGAUGAAAAUAAGUUUCUUAGAGACACAUCAAUUAAUCUACUUGCAGCUGGAAGAGACACUAUUAGUUCUACUCUUACUUGGUUUUUUUGGUUGGUGUCAACACACCCUUUUGUUGAAGCUAAGAUUCUUGAAGAGAUUAAAGAAAAUUUACCAUCAAUAAAAGAUAAUUGGAAAUAUUUAGGAAUGGAAGGACUUAACAAGUUAAUUUAUUUACAUGCAACUUUAUGUGAAGUCUUAAGGCUUUAUCCACCAGUUCCUAUUGAGCAUAAAUCAUCAUUGAAAUGUGAUGUGCUUCCUAGUGGACAUAAGAUUAAAUCAAAUACAAUGAUAGUUUAUUCUUUAUACUCAAUGGGAAGAGUGGAGAAGAUUUGGGGAAAAGAUUGCUUGGAAUUUAAACCAGAGAGGUGGAUUUCGAAGAAAGGAGGGAUAAUUCAAGUACCGUCUUAUAAGUUCAUUGCUUUUAAUGCUGGACCAAGGACUUGUUUGGGUAAAGAUAUAAGCUUUUUUGAGAUGAAAAUGAUAAUUUCAUCAAUAUUGUUGAAUUAUCAAAUUCAAGUGGUGGAAGAUCAUCCUAUAAUUCCAAGUAUUUCUGUUGUCCUAGACAUGAGAUAUGGUUUGAAGAUUAAUGUGAAAAAAAGAAGCAUUUGAUGAUAAGGGAGAUUUUAUUAAAUAAUUGAACUAUGUUCAAAUAUUGUUAUAUAUAAUGUUUAUUUAAAUUUGAAUCCUUACAUGUACACUAUAUUUUGUUUUGUUUGUUUGUUUUUAUUAUACAUUAUAUUUUGAGUGUUACUUUGGAUUGUAAUAUUAUGAGUGUUAGUUUGGAUUGUAGUAAUUAUUUGAUUUAAUUUUUUUUAUAAUCAAAAAUUUAUUAUAAGGAGUACAAAGGGGUACUCAAACCCUUACAA